AUAAAGCAUACGCCCAGAACGCGGCGGCGCGCUCUGCCCGGUGCACCCCAAGUCCACAAACCUCCACCCCGCGCAUCCUCUCGCCUAGCUCGCGCUCCGCCUCGGAUCGACUACUAGAUGGGGAAGCGGAAGUCGACGCGCGGGAAGACGGCGCCGCGGAAGAAGGCGGAGAAGCUGGACACGUCCUUCUGCUGCCCCUUCUGCAACCACCCCAACAGCAUCGACUGCAAGAUCGACCUCAAGCACUUGGUCGCCGAGGCCUCGUGCAACACGUGCAGCGAGAGCUACUCCACCACGGCGCACGCCCUCACCGAGCCCGUCGACGUCUACGCCGAGUGGAUCGACGAGUGUGAGAAGGCCAACGCCGACCGCGACCGGGAUGAGGACAACGACGUCGUCCGGGAUGAGGUGGACGACGAGGAGGAGUACGCAUGAUCGGUACACCGUGUGAUUGUGUCCAAGUACACAAGUAUAGUACUACGAAAGUACGGCGGCACGUUUUUUCUUUCUUUCUUUGCGUAGCGUUGUGAUUGGAUAUUUGGAUGCCUCGAUUCUUCCGUGUAGAUAUUACUAGCAUAUAUGAAGGUGCGUGGACUGAACUAGUAAUUGAAGCGCCAAAUACCUGAAUGGAGUAAGAAUCAGUAUACACGUACUGUAGUAAA